AUGCCCCAGCAUUUGCCCGACGACUCGACUCUGCCGCCCAGGCCUCCCAAUUGCUCCCUCGAGGAGCCCUCUUCUCGGAUCUGCAGGAGUAUGUUCCAACAGCUGGCCACUCAGACCGGAAUCCCCGCACGCAUCAAGGUGACCACCACGGGAGGGACAGGGAGGCACAAGCAGACACGAGGGAGGGGACUUCCCUCCCUCGUGUGUGCCUCGUGUGUGGGGCGGGCUGGGCCGUCCGUCCGUCCGUCCCUCCCUCGUGUGUACCUGGGCUAGACCUCGUGCUGAUUGCCCGAUGUGUGUGUCGAUUGAUGUUGAUGAAUGCAGGAGGGGGCGAUCUGCGCCUACCGUAUCAUGCGCAGGGCGGAGUACAGGCGGCGAACUGAGGCGAGCAGGCGCGAAAGGGCGCCUUCACGGGAGCAGGUCAGUCAAGGAAAGGAGUUACCUCAGUCACCUUACGCACAGGCAGACGGACAGACGGGCAGACAGACAGACAGACACAGGGUGGGGAGGCAGGCAGACAAGGAGAGAAAUACCGACCGAUGGCUGGUGCCUGACCCAAUCGACGACACAGCGGCUAUGUGUGUGUGUGUGUGUGCGUGUGGUCAGAGCCUGGCUAGAGCCAAGCAGCGUAUCGAGCAAGCCGAAGCGCGAGGGUAUAAGGGCCUCUCGGAGACCCUGGAGGACCAGAAGUUGACGCCCACAUUCCUGCGCACUGAAACACCCACACAGCCACUCCAGGCGUCAGCACAAGGUCGGCGGGGUGGGCCGCUGCACUCAAUCGGCAACACGCGGCGCAGGCAGACAUGGCCACGCUGGCUCGACUGAUUCCCGGUUGUUCAAACAUUGGUUCGUUUGUGUUUGUGUUUGUGUGUUUGUGUGUUGGUGUGUCGGUUGGCAGUUGCAGGUCGUAUUGCGUCCCCUGUGUCGGCCCCUCCCCCGUCCGCCCCGCCUCCGUCCGCACAGCGCACUGCACCACACGAGCAGCAACCACAGACCUCCAGAGGUGGGCGACCAGCGCACGCCCCAUCACUCAUGACAGAUUGCCGGUGCCAUGUCAUGUGGUGCUGUGUUGUGUUGUGUCGUGUUGUGUGGUGUUGUGUUGUGGUGACUGUUCAGGUACGGAUGCGUCGACCACGGCGGCUACGACCUCGACAGGCAGCAUCACAUCGUUGCGCAACUUGGGUAAGUACGCACGUCACGCACGCGGGCGGGCGGGCAGGGGCGAGUGGGGCAAGACCCACUACCCCACCAACCACUCGAUGGAUGUCGUUCGUGUGUGUGUGUGUGUGUGUGAUUGUGUGGUUGAUCGUGUCGUCCGUCACGUCAGGGACUGAGUACGGCGGCAGUCCCUCGGCCAAAACUGCACCCAUCCGACUCUCGCCCGACACGAGGUCAGUUCAGUGAGUGAUUGGGGCGCUGUCACACAGCCGCACCAACACAGGCACUGUCUGUGUAUCUAUCGUCUGUCUGCUGUGUGUGCUUCAGUCGGAAUGACAUCAUGUUGUUGAAGUGGGAGAUGCCGGGCAAGUACGUCGAGGUGGCGGGGGCCUUCCCCAACCCCGCUUGGGAGGUUAGACUCCCACUCUUCAAGUGCCCGCGGUAGACAUCCAUCCAUCCAUCCAUCCACACACGCCUCUCUGCACACGCCUCUCUCACUGUGCUGUGCUGUGUUGUGCUGUGUUGUGUUGUGCUGUGUUUGACGUGUGUCGUCCAUCCCAUCAUUCAUUCGCAGCACUGGAGUCUUCUGGUUGUCGUUGCAAGAGGCCUUGCCGGCGGUGCAGUCCGGCGUCUAUCAGUUCAAGUACAUCGUCGACGACGAGUGGAAAUGCGACAUGUCACUGCCGACGAAAGACGUAAGUGUCCUCGUGACACACACACACACACACACACACAUGGAUGCAUUUGUAUAUGUGUGUGUGUGAUGUUCGUAUGCAGGAUGGUAGUGGCAACACCAACAACAGCAUGAUGGUGGUGGCAGCUGCUGGUAUCCUAGAGUGGAAACAUCCCGCACAGCGGACCGUCUUACUGGCGGGUGCGCAGCCACACUCACACAGGGAGAGAGAGAGAAAGAGAGAGCGACAUGGAUUCCCAUUGUAUCUAUGGGGUGCUGAAAUGUGUACGCACAUUCAGGGUCAUUCACAGAGCCGCCAUGGAAGCGACAGAUGCCGCUCGCCUAUGACCCACGGUCAGUGCUGUGGACGAGUGAAUGGGCGAUCAAACACGUGGACCUGAUCUGCACACCUCUUUGUGUGUGUGUGUGUGGGUGCCUAACUAUGCAGAGAUUCCACCUACCGGAUCUCGCUUCAAGAAGCCGUCCCGGAGCUGCGGCCCGGUACGGCUGUGGCACACACACGUGGAAAGGUCCGACGAGCGACGUGUGUGUGGUCUGUGGUUUGCUGUGGGCCAUCACAUGUGAGCAGGGUCCUAUCAGUUCAAGUACAUCGUCGACGACGAGUGGAAAUGCGACCCGUCACUCCCGACACAAAAUGUAAGUGUCCUCGUGACACACACACACACAGAGGCGUCUGCGUGUACACACAUCGGUGCAUUCCCCUCUCUCUCUCUCUCUGUGUGUGUGUGUGUGUGUCUAUGAUGUGCAGGAUGGCAGCGGCAACAUCAACAACGUGCUGCACUAUCAUCGACCACCCGCCGCACCAUCACCAUCACCACCAGCCCCACCAGCCCCAUCACCACCAGCCCCAUCACCACCAGCCCCAGCCCCUCCAGCCCCAGCCCCUCCAGCCCCAGUCCCAGCACCCGCACCAACAACGGCAUCAACAAUAGAACUUCCUGCACGAGUACGUGUCUUUGUUCGUGGCCACAGCCGACGAGGCAUUGAUUUCAUCUGCCCACUGUGUGUGUGUGUCCGUGUGUAUCACAUCAGAGUGGUGACGGUCAUCGUCGCCGUCGCCAUCCCGCCGAUGAGCCGCUCGACUUCUCAUCAUUGCCUGACGUGGAGGGCAGCGGCAGCGACACAGAGGAGGAGCAGGACCAAGGUGAGUGAUGGAUUGAGGGAGGGAAGAGUGUGUUGGGUGUGAGAACGGCCAGCCAUUCAUCGGCCGGUGUGUGUGUGUGUUUUGGUCUGUGGUUGUCAGGCUGCCUGUCGCCCCCUGGGCACCGACACUCGUCGGCAACGGACACCACCCGGGCGUCCACAAGCGGGAGUGACAGCUCACCCACAGCACACAACGUAAGCAGCCCCACAUCGACCAACAGACAGAGAGAUAGAGACACACGCACAGACAUGGACACACACGAAGCGCAACGGCUCCUUUGUCUGCCUUUCCUUUCCCUCAGGCCGACCGGUUGCCGCCCACAUUGCCCUCGCCGCCUGAGGUGAGUGAGCAGCCGCCGUCUACCCCUGCCGCUGCCGCUGCUGAGGAUGAGGGCCCUUUGGAGAGCGACCGUGACAUCGAGCCGCUGGAGCUGCAGGGCAAGGGAUGGGCGAGAAGACGGUCAGUCAACCAGCACCAUUGCGGCCUCACACACACGCGACACACACAUGUGUGUCUUGAUGUGUGCAGGGCGUCUGUGGGCACGCCGAAUGCCACUGCGAGUUCGAGGACUGCUGACGGGCUCCGGAGAAGUUCGGGAGGUCUGCGCAGAUCGUCGGCCGUUGACGCCACUGAUGCACUCGGGUAUGUAAGCGCGCACACACAUUUUCCCCCUUUAUUUUUGUGUGUCUGUGUGCGCGUGUGUGCGUGUAGGGGUCUGUCUGCGCACCAGCCUUCGAAUGAGUCGCUGCGUGAGGAUCGGCUCAGACGCGUCGCGUCCCUGUAAGUGCUCGUUGUCGAUUGCGGACAGCAAAUUCUAUUGUUGUGUUGUUGUGUGCGUUGUGGUCAGGUCUUUGGACCACAAGUGGCCGGAGUCGGUGACGGCCCACCUGCACUCACCCGAAGUGCUCGUCGACCUGCACGUCCCCGUAUGUGAAUUCUAUAAUAUGCAGAUGAGUGCUGUGUGUGUAUGUGUGUGUAUGUGUGUGUGUUUGCAGGACGACCGUCUUUCCACCAAGUUGCGGCUGAAUGCGGGAGCCUUCAUGUACGUCUGUCUCUUCCACCAGACACACUCGACACGCACUGCCGCCCAUCCAUCCAUUCUUGCAUCUCUCUCUCUGUGUGUGUGUGUCUGUGUGUGUGUGCAGGAUCCCCCACCCCGAGAAGGUCGAGACGGGCGGUGCCGACGCGUAUUUCAUAUGCGAGAUCGCCGGUAGGCACAUCCAUCCAUCCAUCCAUCCAUGUGUGUGUGUAUGUGUGUGUAUGUGUGUGUGUGUGUGUCUGUGGGUGUAGGCGGUGGUGCCCUUGGCGUGGCUGACGGUGUUGGCGAGUGGGACUCGUUCGGCCUCAGCCCCAAGAUGUUCGCCGACGAGUUGAUGCGGGGGUGCCAGCAGGCGGCCAUCCUGGCACUGACGGACACCGACACACCAACAGCGUCAUCAGCCGCACCAGCACCAGCAGCAGCAGCUGCUGCUGCUUCUGCUUCGUCGAGCGCUGCUUCCGCUGCUGCCGCUGCCGCUGCCGCAGCGGACACUGAGACGGGAGUGCGAGAGAAGGACGCCUCUGGUACUCUAACUAAUAUGCACCAUUACAGACACAUGGCCUCACACACAUGCGUGUGCAAACAAACAGGCUCGCCGACCUGCUCACUGACCCCCCUCGCGUCGGCCUCGACGGCCUCGUCCAAGACCCACCAACCUUCCCCGAGCAACGGCCACGGCGGCAGCGAUGGCGACAGGGGCGACAGCGGCAACACUGAGGAGGGCGAGACCUACCUGGAGGAGAUCAAGUGCAUGGACCUGCCGCCCGAGAAGAUCGCCCUGAGGUAGGAAUAUUCUUUGUGUGUGUGUGUGUGUGUGUGUUGACGGAUGGAUGGACGGGUGUAUCUGUGUGUGUGUAGGAUGAUGCAAUACGGGUACACCUGCACCCGUUCCUACGGCGCAUCCACGGCACUUGUCGCCUAUCUCGACACGAAGGUCAGUGAAUGAGCUUUCGUCUUCCACACACCCCUCUAUCCAUCCAUUCAUGUGUGUGUGUGUGCAGGGCGAGAAGCUAGGCGUCGCUAUCCUCGGCGACUCGACCAUGAUACUCCUCAGGUAAGUCAGGCAAGGCACCUGCCUCCAUCCAUCCAUCCAUGUGUGUGUCUGUGUGUGUGUGUGGGUGCGUGCAGACGGCAGAAGGUCUACAGCAUGACGGUUGUGUAG